AUGGUGAAGGAACAAAAGAUCCAAUCAGGGGCAGCCAAAGAAGUUUUGUCGCCCUCACCCUCGUCCUCCUCCUCGUUAUGCAAAAAAUACAAGGGAGUUAGAAUGAGAAGCUGGGGAUCAUGGGUUUCUGAAAUAAGGGCACCAAACCAAAAGAUAAGAAUAUGGUUAGGUUCAUAUUCAACACCAGAGGCAGCUGCUAGGGCAUAUGAUGCUGCACUCUUAUGCCUCAGGGGAACUUCAGCCAAUUUUAACUUCCCAAUAUCCAAAUCACAAAACCUCCACCCUAAUACCAUCAUGUCCCCUAAGUCCAUCCAAAGGAUGGCAGCCGCCGCCGCCAAAGGUGGUUUUCCUCUGUCGGGACCGCCCGUCUCUUCCACGUCAUCAGCCUCAACACCACAACCAGCCACCCCAUCUCCAACUUUAUCUUCUUCAUCGCCUGUCUGCAGCCUCAUUGAAGAUGAUGCUGUCUCACUAGUACCACCAUUGAUCAAUGACUACACAGUACCCCAUGUUGCAGAUGAGCCUAUAAUGGCCUCAUGGUACAACUUUGAUUCCCCUAAGUACGCAGAUAUCCUCCUCAAUGGAGGAUUCUUUGGUCCAUUAAUUACGGAAGAUCCUUAUGAAGAUACUGACAUCCCCUUAUGGAGCUACUGCUGA